AUGACAAGCCAAGGCCCCCUAACAGCCUACCUGCUAGCAAGCGCACCCAAUGCGCUAACGCGCGCAACAACCCACCCAUUCCUCGCCGCUGCCGGCCGAGGAACCGUCCCCAAGCCCCUCCUAAGCCAAUGGCUCUCGCAAGACCGACUGUACGCGCAGUCCUACAUCCGCUUCAUCGGUCUCCUCCUAUCCAAAAUCCGCCUCCCAAGACAAAGCCCCACAACCGCAACCCGCCCCUCCAGCGAACAAAACGCAAUUAACGUCCUCAUCGACGCCCUCGUCAACAUCCGCACCGAGCUAGCCUUCUUUGAAAAAACAGCCGAAGACUUCGGCUUAGACCUCACUGCUAUCUCCGCCGAAGAAGGCGGUUGCACUCUUACCUCCUGCGGCUCAGGCUCCUACAUCACCACCUCUGCUGGAAUCUCUACGUCCGGCUCAGGCAGCUGUCCAGGUUUCACAGGCGGCUUCGAUGGAAAGGCUCUCGUUGAAGGUGACGCCGAGGGCUCGGGGUCCAUGAGCGCCGCGGCUUCCGGUCGUCAUGGUCUAUGUCGUGCACAAGGCGAGUGCCAAAUGCCAUCCGGAAAUGAGGUCUGUGUGCCAACUGAGCAGGCGCUCAACAAGAACACGCAGGUCGAUUCCAGGCUUGGAAGUACGCCUGAGCCUGCGGCUAUUGCUUCGUUGCCAUCUGGUACGAAGUCUGAUUUGGAUCACUGUGGGACUAUCUUCUUCUGUGCUUCUCGGACUACGAAGGCGUAUAUUGAUAUGUUUAUGUCGGCGGGAAGUAGUGGGACUUCUGUGCUUGAGGGUUUGGCUGUGCUCUGGGCUACGGAGGUUUGUUAUUUGCGGUCUUGGAGGUUCGCUGCUCGGUGUAUGCGUGAAGAUGGGGGUGUUGAGGGUACGGAUUAUAGUGGGGAUGCGGAUGGGGGUGCGCUGAGAGGGAAGUUUAUUGACAAUUGGUCGAGUGCUGAGUUUGAGGGAUUUGUUAGUCAGAUUGGAGAUGUGUUGGAUGAGAUGGCUGGACAGAUUAAAGGGGCUGAGGAGGCUGAGAUUAUGCGUGGUCGGUGCUUGGAGUGGUGGAGACAGAUUGUUUGGUUGGAGGAGAGAUUCUGGCCUGAGAUGUAG